GGGAAUGGGGAGCCGGGCGAGCGUGAGGGGAGAGCGCCUGAAGGAGCCGCCGCCGCCGCCGUCGUCGUCACUCAAAGCCGGAAACAACUCUGCCAACAUGAGUCGUCACCCACCACAGGAGGAGUUGACCCAAGCAGACAUCUGUGGGAUGCUGCGUGAAGAGCUAAGCCAGGGAAAUGACUUCCACAAGUCAGAUACCCACAUUUUCAUCAUCUUGGGGGCUUCGGGUGAUCUAGCCAAAAAGAAGAUCUAUCCAACCAUCUGGUGGCUGUACCGUGACGGUUUGCUUCCUGACGACACUUACAUAGUGGGCUAUGCCCGGUCCCAGCUCACGGUUGAUGACAUCCGGAAACAGAGUCAGCCAUACCUCAAGGCCAAUCCUGGAGAAGAACAGAGGUUGGAUGCUUUUUUUGCCUGUAACUCAUAUGUCUCUGGAAAGUAUGAUGACCAGGCCUCCUUUGAACGGCUCAAUGCGCAUCUGAAUUCCCUUCACAAUGGCAAAAAGGCAAACCGUCUCUUCUACUUGGCUCUGCCACCUAGUGUCUAUGAGCAUGUCACUGCCAACAUCCAGAAGACCUGCAUGAGCACUGUUGGCUGGAAUCGUGUGAUUGUGGAGAAGCCUUUUGGCAAGGACUUGGAGAGCUCCAACAAGUUGUCGGAUCACAUCUCAGCACUUUUUAGUGAAGAUCAGAUCUACCGCAUUGACCACUACCUGGGCAAGGAGAUGGUGCAGAACCUGAUGGUGCUCAGGUUCGGGAACCGGAUCUUUGGCCCCAUCUGGAACCGUGACAAUGUAGCCUGUGUUAUUCUGACCUUCAAAGAGCCAUUUGGCACAGAGGGCCGGGGUGGCUACUUUGAUGAGUUUGGCAUUAUCCGGGAUGUAAUGCAGAAUCACCUUCUCCAGAUGCUUUGCUUGGUAGCCAUGGAGAAACCAACCUCUACUAAUUCCAAUGAUGUGCGUGAUGAAAAGGUGAAGGUCCUAAAGUGCAUCUCAAAGGUGGAACUGGACAAUGUGGUUCUUGGUCAAUAUGUGGGGAAUCCAGAUGGCAAAGGGGAAGCCCAGAAGGGCUACCUGGAUGACUCCACUGUCCCCGCUGGUUCUACCACCGCCACCUUUGCUGCUGCUGUACUCUAUGUGGACAAUGAAAGGUGGGAUGGAGUGCCGUUCAUCUUGCGCUGUGGCAAGGCACUGAAUGAACGCAAGGCAGAAGUGCGGCUGCAGUUCCGGGAGGUGCCAGGUGACAUCUUCCAGCGUCAGUGCAAACGCAAUGAACUGGUGAUCCGUGUGCAGCCCAAUGAGGCUGUCUACACCAAGAUGAUGACCAAGAAACCAGGCAUGUUUUUCAACCCAGAAGAAUCUGAGUUAGACCUCACCUAUGGCAACCGCUACAAGGAUGUAAAGCUCCCGGAUGCUUAUGAGCGUCUCAUCUUGGAUGUUUUCUGUGGGAGCCAGAUGCAUUUUGUGCGCAGUGAUGAACUGCGUGAGGCCUGGCGCAUUUUCACUCCACUGCUCCACAAGAUUGAGACAGAAAAAAUCAAACCAGUUCCCUAUCGUUAUGGCAGCCGGGGCCCUGCAGAAGCAGAUGAACUGAUGAAGAAAGUUGGGUUCCAGUAUGAAGGCACCUACCGCUGGGUCAACCCUCACAAGCUGUGAAGGCUGCCUGUCUUGCUUGGACCAGUGACAGCCGCUCUACCCCACCCUUGUCUGAAGAAGCUGAGUUGGUCAGGUUGGGCAAUGGGCUCCCCUGAAGACUGCAUCUGAAAAGUGAUUGUCUUGUCCUAGCAGCACCUGCUAGGUCUAGGCAGGAGUACACUCCCCCAGCAUGAGGUGGGCUGCAGCGUGGGUGGAGCAGUCAUCUCCACUGGCCUCCUCAUGGGCCUCAUAGAGCAGGUGUCUCCAUAGAUCAGCACCUUCUGCAACACUGGCAGCUGAUGGACUAGAAGUUCCAUUCCAACCUUUGCUCCUCUUUGUGGAAUCAUGUUGUGGUGGUGGCGAGUAGGAAGCUACAGAGCUUUCCUCUGCCCCCCACAACUGUAUUUGCUGCUCUGCUGAUUGCACUAGCUCUGCUUUUGCUGCCUUACUGUUACAUUCCUGCUCAGUCUGCUUCCAGAUUUUGUAUGUGCUACUGUUCUGUAAAUUACUACAGAAGUUAUUACAAAGAGG